AUGACUGAUAGAGCUGGGGAUGCAACACAGGAAAAGCUCGCAAUUGAUUCGGAGUUGAGCUCAAAACUCAAGCGACCUUGUGACGAACCACUUCGCACUGACUUUGAUGAUAUACUUCAGCAUUCUCUAACGAGCAUCUGUGAGCCUUGGGAUGGGCGGUCCAACCCUUCCCUGACUGUUGGGUGGUUCACGACCACAAGCCCAAUACAACUGUCUGUCGAGAACGCUGGCGUGGUCGAGGUUCUUCGCCGUACGAAAUACCGCCGCUUCGAUAUAGUUCUAGCUGUUGAAGAACCGGAGCCUGGUACCCUAACGGUCGAGCUGAAUCAUAAGGGAUCGCGCGUUACGGAGAUCGAGCACAAGAAGUGGUAG